UGUUUCCAGUCGGUCGUUUUUACAGCAAACACCGAGUUCAUCAUGGCGAGACAUCUUCGCUUCGUUGCGCGAACAGUGAUGGUUCAAGACGGCAACGUCGACGCAGCGUACAAGACUUUAAACAGGGUCCUCACGCAGGAUGGAAUUAUUGAUUCUGUAAAGCGUAAGCGCUACUUUGAGAAGCCCUGCCGAGAGCAACAGCGGAAGAGCUUUGAGACCUGUCGGCGGAUCUACCACAUGGAGAUGGCGAGGAAAAUCGCCUUCAUCUCCAGGACUAACAGAGACGAUCCUUGGCUUGGCUGCUAGACAACUGCAGUGAGAUGAAACGGGACACUGUCGGUAGAUGAGAUGGAGGAAGCAAAGGUCAACACAAUGUCUCUGUUGCAUCAAAACAAUGGCUCUCAAGAUGCCCCACUGCUGAACAUGAAAACAAAGAUGGUGUCUUUUAAAUGUGCUUUCAUUUGCCAUGUUGACACGAGGUGUUGUUAUUCCCUUUGCCUCCACUUUGGAUUCAAACUCCAGAGAAGAUUCUUUGUCCUCAUUCUUGGUUGUCAAACACUUUGUUGAUAUUAUUUUGUUUUUGAAGCACACAAUCUUGUGAAUGGAAAUGCUAAUAAAAAUGUUUAAAAAUUACAUAAUUACAGUAAAAUUUCUAUUUAAGCAAUAUGCACACACUUAUGUAUAAAUUAAGGUAAUGUCCUCGUAAAAGCUUUUAAGAUGUAGUUAAAUGUUGAUGAAUGACUUAAAAAUGUUUUCAUAAGAAAUCCUUUUUUUUCAAAGAGAGCGGUACCACUUGUAGCAGGUUCACUUGAUUUGUCCCCUAAAUCCUGUAGCUUCAUUCACUGAGUUGUAUUGCAAGAUGGAAGAAGCAGUACAAUAUAUUAUCUGUUGUGUAAUUUAUACUGAGGGAGGUCAAUGGUUUUCUCUGAUACCUUCAUCAAAGUCUCACUUCACUUAUAUUAAAAAUGUGUCUUGCCCAUUUA